UACUUGCAAAUUUUGUACUUUGGACAGCACUAUUGCUAUAAGUUGUAAUCUGUGGUUCGUUACCCUACCUUCCCAAUGAAAUGGUGUUGUGGUGGUUUUUAGGUCAAUAAUCUUAAUAUCUAUUUAAUAAAUUAUUGAAAUGCAGUGUUCUUGUGUCUUAUCAUAACAGCAACAAUAUUUUGUUCAUGUGUUGUGCCUAUUAUGGAUGUAUUGUGCUUUGAAAAUAUUUAUAUUUUGUGGGAGUAAUGACACUGAAGAAAAUCGCGAAAAUGUCAACAAAAUCUCAUAUUUCUACUGAAUUGAGUGAAACGAUAAGCAAUGUUUUGGGUAAAAAUGUUAAAAUUCUAUACAAAACCCUUAUACGAAUGGAAUCAAGAGGUGAUAAAGUGGACAACAAAGUUUUGGUUGUAACAGCUUACAGAAUUUUCAUAACAACAGCUAAGGUUCCGACAAGGGUCGACAAUGGAUUUCACUUGAUGGAAAUAGAAGCGCUCGAGAGUAAAAAGGCCAAUCAUCUGUCUAUAACACUCAUCCAUGAACACAAGCCUGUGUCCAUACUUAUAGGUGAAGAAGGAACAUCGGAUGGAGUGCUAAAUGUCUUACAUGCAUUAGUUGCAGCCUUUGACGACUUAUUUCCAAAUGUAGCCAUGAUUGACAUUAUAUCCAAGGUAAAUCUACCGUAUCCAGUACCGCAAGUGAGCGGAACUCGAAAACAUUCAACUUGCGGUGAUUUCUCCAAUCAGUACGCAGCUAUGUGUGAUCUCUGCCAAACGCCCUUCAGAGCUGAAGUAGCAUGGGAUAUUGAUACAAUAUAUCUGGCACAUGACAUUAGAAUGUUACACCUAAAAGAUUUCGAUCAUUUAGAUCAAAGGGACCUAAUACCUUUAGUAAUGGCGUUACAACAUAAUACAUGGUUCAACGGGGUUUGUGGAGAUGGAGUACGGGCGAGUGGUGAGGCUUGGGAGAGUGUAUGUCGCGUGGUAAGGUCUGCCAGACCACCUCCAGCGCGCCUGUCAUGGCGGGCUGCAGCCCUUAGACAUGAUCACGCCGCAAGAUUGGGACACGCGUUGACCAGAGCCAGACACCCUCCAGCAAUGCAUACCAUCGAUUUCUCUCAAAACCAUAUUGAAGAUAAAGGUGCUAUUAGUAUACUCGGCGGGCUCGCGAACAAUCCGGACGGGCUAAGACACAUUGCGUUGUCACAAUGCGGCCUCACCGGCAAAACUGUGAUGCAUUUAGCGACCAUGCUCAAUGACAAUCCAUGCCACCUGUCCACACUGUCACACCUCGACCUCUCCUACAAUAACCUCAAAGAUGACGUACAUAAUUUAUACAACUUCUUGGCACAACCGAAUGUAUUGACGUAUUUGAACUUGACUAACACAGAGACUACGUUAGAAAACAUGUGGGGUGCAUUGUUACGUGGUUGCGCAGCCCGGUUGGCGACUCUGUCGGUGGCCCGUAACCCCUGGUCGGCAGCGAGACGCGCGCGUGACCCGCCGCCAUCUUUCCGACAGUUCUUCACCGCCUGUCUCGCCCUUACUGACCUCGAUUUUUCAUACUGCAAGAUGCCGCCUGAUGCGCUCAAGAGUCUGUUACUCGGAUUAGCUUGCAACGAGAGUGCGACCGGCGUGCAGUUGAAUCUGUCUGGAGUAUUGUCUUCCUCGCAAGCCGCGCACGUGCUCGAGUCUUGCAUACACGGCGUCAGGUGUUUGCAGUCCUUGGACUUAUCCGAUAACAGUAUGGAAUUCGAAUUGUCUGGUAUUGUGAGGGCAAUCGGGAAGAACCAUUCUAUCACUCACUUGUCUCUAAGUAAGCUGACGGGGAAACGGUCUUACGCACCGCCUUUAAUACAGGCUCUAGUCCAUGUUCUUCAAGAACCAGAUACAGCUUUGACUUCGUUGGAUCUUAGUGAUUGUAAACUUAAGGGUGAUUUGUAUGGACUACUGAACGCACUGGGCGGGGCUCGUCGCCUGCGGUCGUUGGAUGUGGGCGGUAACCUCGCCGGCGAUGCGGGCGCGAGAUUGCUCGCUAAAGCUCUACAGUGUAACUGCACGCUACAGACGUUGUAUAUAGACAGGAAUGCUUUUAGCUUGCAAGGUUUGACGGACAUAGCGACGGCUUUACGUCGUUCAGUGAGCGUGCGGCGCGUGGAGUUCCCCGGCUGUGACGCGGCCGCCGGGGGGCGCGGCGCUAGUGAGCGAGUCGCCACGCUCUGGAGGGAUCUUCACGAACGGCUAGCGAACAACUGCAGUCCGACGCAGACGCACACGCUGCGCGCGCUGGCGCUGGAGCGCGCCUGGGCCGGCGGGGAGGCGGCCGCCGCGCUGGCCGCGCACCGCGCUGCCGCCGCCGCCGCUGCCCGCCGCGCUCGAGCGGGCCGCCGCCGCCGCGCACCACCUGCUGCACCAGUACCUGCAGGUACCUGCUGGCUACACGCGCUGCGGCCCGACAGCCGCUUCCUAUCCUUUUGCAAAGUAGUGCUAGCUAAAAAAGAGGCGGGACACGUGAGGAAACCCACUACAGGAGGCACUCCUGGAAUCGGGGAUCGCGACGAUCUCAAUCCACAAUAA